GUUUCCUCAGCUCUAUCUUCUGAUUGCGAAUUAUUUCUUCGUCUCCUUCACCGAAUCUCAGCAACAACAAUUCCUGCCGAACGUGUAUGUUCGUCUCUCUGAAGAAACCUAGCCCUAAUAUUGUUAUUCUAAUCCUUAUUGAGAAACCUACCCCUAAUCUUUUUCUCCUCUUUUCUCUUUAACCCUGCGUCAAUCUCAAACUCUGUAAAAAUAGCAGCUGCUAAUGAGGAACUGAUAUUUUGUGGGUUAAUUGAAAUUCAGGAUGCAGGAACUUAGCAAAGGUAUGUACAAUAUAUCAGUGACCCGAAUAUUUAUACUGACUGAAAGAGAAGUAUAAACAGACCGAAAAAAAUGUAUAUGAAGUCUCAUUACUGCUGCCAAGUUUUGCUACAGUUUCUUUCUUAAGUGAUUUAGCUUCAUCCGGAGCUAAAUUCAUACAGCUUGCCAGGUAUUUAUCAUUGACUGUAUGCAAACCUACAAUCCAUCAGCUGAUGUGUACCAGAACCUCUAAGAGCGGCCAAUGAAUAAGAUGAAAAGCAGGCGAUUUAAUUUUUAGGACGCUAAGUAGAAUCAGAAAGAAGAUGAUGAUGAAGAGGAAUAAAAGAAGAACUGAAAAAGGUUUUUGGUUGGUAUGAGUCGUAGUGUAAUUUAUCACCAAGAAUGCAACCCUCACAAACGAAAAGGAAGGUGAUGAUUAUCCUAUCAGAGCGAUGAAGUUUCCAUCUCUCCCUUCGUCCAUGUUGCUGUGCAGUGUAAUGUUGCCUCUGACCUUCCCAAGCUGGUGGAAGGGCUUAAGUGUCUGUCAAACUCUGAUCUUAUGGUAGUUUGUACAGUUGAGGACUCGGGCGAGCACAUUGUUGCAGGUGCUGGAGAACUCCAUCUUGAAAUCUGUUUGCAGAACUUGCAUGAGGACGAUUUCAUGGGAGGUGCGCGAAUUGUGAAGUCUGACCCUGCUGUUUCAUUCCGUGUGACUGUCCUAGAAAGAUCAUCUUGCAAAGAAGAUCUGGUGUUUCGGCCUCGACACCACUGGUCAAACCUCGGUUGCACAAGCAAAGUAAGGUUUAAUCAUCUGUGGUUAAUUGUAGCGAUAGAAAAAUAUAUAAGGUUAAUAUCAAAACUUAAAAAGUCAUCUUUCUAUGGUUGCAAUCGACAUGGAACCCCAACCCAUCGUUCUUGCUUAGAUUGACCUUAAUCGACAAUUCUAUUAUUGUUUACUAUAGAGCUAUACCUGAACUAGGGUGUUUACCUCAAAGUAUUGUUACUCUACCAGACUCUUGCUGCAGACAGGAUGUUAACAAAACGUCAGUUCUGUUGGCCAAAAUUCUGUGGGUAAUUCUAUGAACAAUAGUCUGUCACCUGCUACAAAUUCUUCUGAUGCACAGCUUAAGGUUUUGUUAAUUUUGUAUCUUCUUCGUGAUUAAUUUGUUUUUGAUAUAACUUUCUUCUAUGUUACUGAUAAUUUUUGUUAUUUGACGUUAAAACUUGCCGCAAUAUUUAAGAAGAUUGGAGACAAGCAGACCUGCACUACUGGUUUGUAUGGAUUAUACCAUGUGUUGCAACAAUACGUCAAAACUUCUUUUUUUGGCGUAUCAAUACGUAUUGUAUGGAUACGUGUAUCCAAUACGUCCAAUACAGCCAAUACCAACUGUAUAAUCCUUUUUUUAAGUUAAAAUACCAAAAGUUGGAUAAGAAGCAACAACUGUCCAUAUAUUUCUUUAAUACUAAUAAAAGUUAGAUAUUUAUCACCAGCUGUCAUCACCCCCUCCAGUCAAUACUUAUCCCAAACUUUCUCCUCCUCCUCUUAAUCUCAACACUUAUCUGAUUACCUCUAACUCUCUCUGUUUUAUCUCCUCCAAAACCAGUAGAAUACCCAAACCCUAUUUAUCCCAGAUACUGAUAUACAACUAUGAGCAAGAAAAGAAAAGACGCAAAUCUCAACACCCCCCUUUGGAAUUAUGUUGAAAAACAAGGAAAAAGUGACGAAGGUGGUGGAAACAAUAAAAUCCAGUGCACAAUAUGUAACUAUAUAUUCUUUGGUUCUUAUACUCGGGUGAAAGCCCAUCUUCUUCGUAUAGAAGGACAAGGUGUUAAGAUAUGUGAGGGCAUAGAUCCUGGUAGUUUUGAGGAAUUGAAGAAGUUAUCAGAAGAUGCUGACAUGAGAAGCCAACAUACAAAAACAGGUAGUCUUAUUCCAUUACCAGGUGUUGAAAAUUAUGGAACUGUGGCAAGAAAAGGUGAUAAGGCUUACGGAAAUUUGUUUAAUGCGAGUGCUAGAGAUAAGCUGGAUCAUACAAUUGGGAGGUUUUUCUUUGGUUGUGGUAUAGCUUUUAAUAAUAUCCGUUCUCCAUUAUUCAGAGAUAUGAUCCAAUGUGCAGCAAAUAGUAACAUUGUAGGUUAUAUUCCACCUAGUGCACAGAGAUUGAGCACUAAACUCCUGGAAGAAGAGAAAAGGAAUGUAGACAAGAUGUUAAUACCUAUCAAGAGUGGAUGGAAAAGGAAUGGUGUUUCGAUUGUGAGUGAUGGAUGGUCUGACAAUAAUAGUAGACCUCUAAUAAAUUUCAUGGGAGUCUCUAGUAGUGGUCCUGUGUUUUUGAAGGCAGUUGAUACUUCAGGAAACUAUAAGGAUGCUGCCUACUUGGCUAGUUUGUUUAAGAACACCAUUGAAGAAGUUGGGGUUAAGAAUGUUGUACAAUUGAUUACCGACAAUGCACCUGUGUGCAAGGCAGCUGCUAUGCAAGUGGAGAACACUUUCAAGCAUAUCUUUUGGACUCCAUGUGUAGCACACACACUGAACUUGGCCUUGAAAGAUCUGUGCUAGUGCAAGCCGACAACCAAACACCAAGGAAGAUUUGAAGAGUUUCAGUGGAUGCAAGACCUGGUUACAGAAGGAAGAGCAGUAAAAAUAUUUAUUACGAAUCACUCAAAAGCUUUAACAAUUUACAAGAAAUAUGCUACACUAAAGUUGCUGAGCUAUGGUGAAACAAGGUUUGCUACUAUCCUGAUUAUGUUGCUCCGUUUGGUUGAAGUUAAAUUAGCUUUGUCGGCUAUGGUGAUGGACAAAGAUUGGAAAGAUUACAAAGGGGAAGACGUUGCUAAGGCACUACUGAUUAAGAAUAGGAUUUGUGAUGAUGAUUGGUGGGAAAAGGUAUGUUACUUGAUCAAUCUCACUGCACCAAUUGUUGAUUUCUUGAGGUUCACCGACACUGACAAACCAUCUUUGCACAAAGUGUAUGAUAUGUGGGAUACCAUGAUUGAAAGGGUAAGGCUAGUGAUAUAUGAACAUGAGGAUAAAAAUCUUGAAACAGGAUCAUCUUCUUUUUAUGAUCAAGUACAUGACGUUCUUGUGCGAAGAUGAACAAGAGCAACAAUCCGCUAAUAUGUUUGGCUCAUUGUUUAAAUCCAAAAUUCUACAGUGAUGAAUGGAUUGAAGGUGGGUUGAAUCGUGUUCAUCCACAUCGUGAUGAGGAGUUAUCAAAUGGUAGAAACACUUGCUUUGAGAGAUUGUUUACUAGCUCGGAAGAUAGAAAAGCAAUUACAGAUCAGUAUGGUGCAUUUUCUGGAUGCAGUCUGGGCUUCUCUAGUUGGAUCUCUCAAAGAGAUAGUAAUACAGAAGAUGCUGCAUCAUGGUGGAACAACUAUGGAUCUUCUGCACCUUUGCUAGCUAAGUUGGCUGACAGGUUGAUGAACCAACCAUGCACCGCUUCUAGUGCUGAGAGAAAUUGGUCAACGUAUUCGUAAAUUCAAAAUGCAAAGCGCAACAAGCUUGAUCCAGAAAGAGCAGAAGAUCUGGUGUAUGUUCAUAGUAGUCUGAGAUUGUUAUCUAGAAAAGAGGAUAGAUAUACCAAAGGGCCAACUCAAUAUUGGGAUGUUCAAAAUGAUGAAUCUAGUCUGAGAGCACCUACCGAACAAGAAUUAGCAAACUUAAGCCUUGAUAAACCUAGUUACACUCUGCCACCAAGUGGUGAUUCAGAGGACAUUUGAGCUACAGGUCUGAAACUAUAGCUACAUUUCAGUGAGACCAAAAAGAUAAGUGGACAGUUGAAGUAUAUGCAGUGAUUUUUUGACUUUUUGUACUGCCUAUACAACUAUGCAUGUAUUUUGCUAAGUUUACUAACUUAUAUAUGUUUUGAUCAUGCAAACAGAUGUAUGUAUUUUGUUAUGUUUCUAUCUCAUAUAUGAUAUAUAUAUAUUUUAAGACUACAGAUUAAUAUUGAGUAUUCCGUAUCGCCGUAUUACCAUUUUUUUGUUGGUGUAUCCUAGUAACGUAUUGGUAUCCUGUAUCGGAUACCGUAUCCGUAUCGUUGCAACAUUAUACCGGAUUACUCAACUAUACCCCGUCGUACACUACAGGAGUUACACUGGGUCAUCACUGGCAGGCUGCUGGCGUAAGCUUUUUUUAUCUUUUUGAUCAUCGGAAUUUUGUAGCUUAAUUCUCACUUUUUAAGACCAUGCCAGGUUUUGAUAUAAUUUCCCAACUUCAGAAUGCGAGCAAUGCAUUCCGAACAUACAUAGAAGAAGGGUUAGCUGAGAUAGAAAAGAAUGCUGCUGCCGGAAAAACACUUUCAAGUGUACCAAUGUCAAUGCCUCCUCCAGUUGCCUUAAAUCUUAUUAGUUUUGAUUAAAUUCAAUUCAAUGAAGCACUGGACAUAGGUAAGAGCUGUGAUUAAAUUCAAUUCAAUUGGUAUGAUGUAGAAUGUGCCUGUGAUGGCUAUUGAUGAUUCUGUGGUCGAAUGGAUUAAAUGAGUCUGUGAGGUUGUUUUAUGCCGAGAGUUCAGUGAAGAAUAAUUGUUUGCUGCUCGAAUUUGGUAUGAGGUAUUGAUGACGGUAACUGGUGGCUGAUAGAGAAAACUCAUAACGGAGUUCAUUGAUGACUUUGUUUGCUGACGGAGUUUGAUUUUACUGCCACUAUUAUUUGAACGGGAGAUGAUCUCACUGCUAUAAUUGGUGCAAGGACGCAAGACUUCAGUAUUUGAUGCGACCAAUAUGUUAAGAGACCCACAUAACAAAGUAAUUCAUAUCGUCUCACAUGCUUUAAGAACUUAAUGGUGUACAUAUUGUACUAUGUUCGAUGAUUUUUACGUAACAACAAGGAAAGACGUCCAUGUGCAAGGAAAUAAACGUUGGGUUGGUUGAGAGCAAGGGAUGUUUUAAUCUGACUUGCAAUGGAUGCCACCAAAAAAUCUAUGCAGAAAGAGAGCUGAUACGACAUGGAGUUGUUGAAACAUGUCCAGAGCAAUCUUUUCUAACUAAAGGAAAGACAUGCAAUUUUAUAGUCUUGGGUGUUUAUAACGACACCAGAAUUUUGCUGCGGAGUGUUCACACAUGUAGUUGCGCAAUAGUGCACGUCGAGAUCAAUGCUAUGGAUGGUGUAUAACAUGAGGAAUGGUGAUUUGAAAUAGGCAGUUGUGGAUCUGCUGAGGAUUGUUGGUCCUGAGCUGCAGCUUUGCUCUUCAUUGAAAAAAAUAAUAUGUACACAAUGAAUCUAAUCUCAGCUUAGAACCACGGUAAGGUUACUACUGUUUUCUACUUUACUACUGUUUUCUCAUUAUGGCAAAUUCACUUUUUGGUAGUUCAUGAAGUAUGGGUUUUUAUCUUGGUUUGGUUUCUCGCUGGGGUUUUAGCCUUUUAGGUAGUUAUUUGAGCUUUGAAGGCAAGGAAAAGUGUUUUUUUGGGGUUACAGGAUAUGAGAACUUUUAGGUAGUUAUUUGAGCUUUGAAGGCAAGGAAAAGUGUUUUUUUGGGGUUACAGGAUAUGAGAACUUAUCGAACGCAAUCAUAUCUUAGGGGAGCUGCAAUCCACGUGAAUUUUUAAAAGACGAACUCUGCUACAGUAGUUGUGUUGGGAAUAUCUUUAACGGGACUGACGUGGGAGUGAUAAAAAAACAUCAUCAGUAUGAUUCUACAUGACACGAGAAGCUUGACAAAUGUGCAAGUUACAAAUAGGCCUAACUGGAAGGAGUGUCAGAAUUCAUAACUGACAAUCGUGGGCUUGAGGAUUGAAUUGUGGGACUUUUCCGUUUGUUUCAAUUGAGCAUGUGACAUUGAAAAGCAUUUUGAGCCCUAUGUAAGAUGUUGGCAGGGUGUCUCUGUUGAAUGUGACCUCAGUAUGAAAGCUAGCAAGGUGGUAGGGAUGAUAUUCUUAGAAGAGGAAGGGAAUAUAGUUGAUCUAGAAGUAGAAGUCCAGGGCAUCGAAGAAGUAGACCGAGUCCGGAUAAUGGAGUGGAAAACAUUCAAGUUUAUGACAGAUAAGGGACCAUCGAGCAACAAGGAUUGAAGCCCUGACCAUGAGUGAUAUACUGCUCGAUCACCAGUGGUUGUUCACCAAUUCGUCGCUCACCUGUUCGUCGUGCCCGUUCCCCUGCUGGUAGUUCAAACGUUCAUCGUUCCCCAGCUGGAUGCUCAUCCGUUUUCGGUUCAGCUUAUACUCGCUCAUUUAUUCCCCAUUCUCCAGAUGAGCCGUUCUCCAAAUGCCUUUUACCAUUUCGUCGUGCUCUUGAUGGAUGCUCACCUGUUUGGACAUGGUGUUUACGUUUUAAAGUAAAUUAUUGAAAUUGGUGUUUUUUUUAAUGGCUGAAACUUAAUACGACAGAAAGACUUGAUUCUUCCAGGAAGUUGUGAAUCCUAAAUAUUAGGGUCCUUUUUAAUAACAUUGAUGAUACUUUCCCUAUACACUUUUUUGUUUAUAAUAUUCUACUAGGUUUAUGGUUCAUGGAAUGUACGAUGCGCAACAGUUUAAUUAAUUGUAUACAGUCUCAUG